UAGAGAGGAGUGCGGUACCUUUGCACAUUCGGGCAGACGUUACGAAUAGUAGGAGACGGACACGGAGGUGGUAGUAUUCCACGUGGUGAGUUCAGUGAUCCAUAACCAUAACUCCUUCCCUGAAAGAGAAACGACGAAAAGGGUGAGGUAGAAAGUGUUAAUCGGCGACAAAAUGGAGCCCAUCGUCACCACCAUUGCUAUCAACCUCAUCAAACUCUAUCAAAAAUGGGUAUGGGGGUACUUUCAGGAACCCCCUUUGUCGUCCCUCGCUUGGUCCUCCUCUUGGCCUUCUUCUCCCUCGCCUUCCUCCUCCUUUUCGAGGCACCCCUCUCUCUCUCUCUCUCUCUCUCUCUCUCUAUGGUUGUGGACGACUUCGUUUAUCAGACGAAAACCAUCGCAGGUCACAACUUAGAGGCCACACCAUGGCACCCAUUCCCAACCAAGACCUUCAACGAGGAGACCAAGUACGCCAGAGCUUCCAAAAUCAUCCGAUGUUCAUAUCUCAGCUGCGGACGUAGUGCUAGGGACAAUGUACCUUACAAAAACCAAUCUGCAUUGGCCAAUCAAGCGGAGAAUUGUCCCGAAUUCUUCAAAUCUAUACAUCAUGACCUGGAGCCUUGGUCCAAGACUAAGAUAUCGUUGACCCAUUUAAUGGAAGCCAAGGAAUUCGCGGCUUUUCGGGUUGUGAUUGUUGGGGGAAGACUCUAUGUGGAUUUUUACUAUGCUUGUGUGCAGAGUAGGGCUAUGUUUACCAUUUGGGGAUUGUUGCAGCUUCUUAGGAGGUACCCUGGUAGGGUUCCAGAUGUUGAUUUGAUGUUUGAUUGCAUGGACAAGCCAAGCAUUAAUCGGACCGAGCAUGCGGCGAUGCCUUUGCCUCUGUUUCGGUAUUGCACCACGCCGGAGCAUUUUGAUAUCCCGUUUCCUGACUGGUCUUUCUGGGGUUGGUCAGAGAUAAACAUAGGACCCUGGGAUGAAGAAUUUAAAAAUAUUAAACGUGGUUCACAAGCUCAAAGUUGGCCGAAGAAGUGGCCUCUUGCAUACUGGAAAGGAAACCCCGAUGUUAAUUCUCCUAUUCGUACAGAGUUGCUGCAAUGCAAUGACACUAGGCAGUGGAGAGCUCAAAUUGUGCGUCAGGAUUGGGGUGAAGCAGCAAAAGGUGGAUUCAAGCAGUCCAAACUAUCAAAACAGUGCAAUCAUCAGUACAAGAUCUAUGCUGAAGGAUAUGCCUGGUCCGUCAGCUUGAAAUAUAUUAUGUCAUGUGGUUCGGUUCCUCUUAUAAUAUCUCCACAAUAUGAAGACUUCUUUAGUCGUGGUCUCAUUCCCAAGAAAAAUUAUUGGCCUAUCCCUCUUGAUGAUUUAUGCAGAUCUAUAAAGUUUGCUGUUGACUGGGGUAAUGCCCAUCCAUCCGAGGCUGAGAAGAUAGGAAGAGGAGCACAGGAUUUCAUGGAAAACUUGAGCAUGCGACGUGUUUAUGAUUACAUGUAUCAUCUCAUAACAGAGUAUUCAAAGCUGCAGGACUUCACACCUGUUCUACCUUCAUCUGCCCAAGAAAUAUGUGUGGAUUCCCUGCUCUGCUUUGCGGAUGAAAAGCAAAGGCAAUUCCUAAAAAAGUCGACUUCCCUCCCUUCGCCAGCACCUUCAUGCACUCUUCAGCCUCGAGAUAUAGCAAGUACAAGAAGAGUUAGAUAGAAAAGAAGAGGGCAAAAUCAUAGGAUAGCUGAAAACACAGUAUGAGUCAAAGGAACGUGUGUGCCCUGGCUAGUUAUUAACAAAAAUGAUCUGUAGUUUCUGUAUCAGUUUGUUCUUGAAAACGAAGUGAUUCACAAGAAAUACAGACAACAGAGUAUAUGGAUUCCUACAUAAAUUCACAGGAGCUCAAGUCUCG